UGUGCAUUGUAUGGGCUUCUAUUACAGCUAAUUUCAGCAGAAGCAUAUUCAACUACAGUUUGGUUACUAUGGAUGUUAACCCUGACUCCCCAUACUACAUCAACUUGCUUGACAGCAAGACUCAUCCUGAAGAUCACAGAGAAUAUGUGAUGUUUCAUGGCUGCUCAAAAGAGGGCGCAGAGUUGAUUAAGAGGGAUGGCUUCAAACCAUCAAGAGCAGAUAGCAUGCUUGGAGCUGGUGUUUAUGUUUCUCGGGACAUCCGAAAAGCCAGUAAAUACCCUCUUGGUGUUCCCGACUCUGAGAAAAGAGUACUAAAAGUCAGAGUGGAUGUAGGGAAGGUUAAGAUCAUAGACAAGCAGGGUCACCCCAUGCAGAAGACAUGGCACACUGCAUGGCUUUGACACUGCCUGGGUUCCUCCUAAUGUUGGCAUGGUACUGUGUAACCAGGAGGAGGACUGUGUCUACGACCCAAAGAGAAUCAAAGUAAUCGAGGUCAUGAAGGUUACUGAAGAUAACUUGUAAGUAUGAAAAAGACUGCACUCUUUUCAAGAAACCUAAAGGGAUAAUCCACCCCAAACCAAGAAUUCCUAUGAUUGGCGCGUUCUAGCAUUAUUUGCAUAUUCCCAUUAGGGAACGCCCACGCUGAAGUGCGCGUGUACAAUAACUAAAUUCGCCCUUGCACUCCUCAACAUUUUUCGAAACUUCGGCAAAAGCUAGUCUACAAAACUUAGUCCACUCUGUUUGUUACAGAGUGUAGUUUUGAAAACAUAAAACUGUAAUGAGUUAAAAUGUUUCAUCGAUGAGAAAAUGUGUAGAAUGUCGUCCAAAAUUCCAUCUCGCUCCAUCUUCUCCUACUGCCGGCGACUGGGCUUCCUCUCAUCACCAUAUUUGGUAGUGAGUGGAAACCAACCGAAUGCUUCACAUUUAUACAUCCGGUGAAAUAUCUGGCUCAUUAUUCUAUCUGUGAUCAUACCCAGUCAAUGUCAGCGUGUAAUGGUGCUAGCUAGCUGUAAAAUCGCCUAAACAAACUGCACUAUCAAUUUAGGAGUCUAUCUCACCCAUUUCAAUUUGCAGUUCAUCUCUGCCCAGAGCAGUACGGAGUACGUUGUUAUGGCAACAACGGCCCUUUCCCACGUUUCCCAAGGACACACACAGGGCACAUUGCGAGAUGGUACUCGAAAAAACUGAGUUGAAUAAUUUGGUACACUGUUUAGAUUGAGCACAUCUAAGCGAAUAUAUAUACUUUGUCGUGAUUAUAUAAAUGGAUGGGUGUGUUUAGACAAGUAUGCCCGUACCAUCUAUUGGCUGAUUUGGCGAUCUGGAGUGCAGGUGAUUGUUUUAAAAGUGUUAUAAAAUGUGAUAGUGUAUUAUCCCCUAUCUGCAGUGAGGAGAACCAUAUGAUGCGUUCCUACACGAUUUCCUGAUUUCACAGACGGACCACUUAGAAAAAUUGUUUUUUCACCCACUGAUAAAACAUAGUCUUUCACCAAAUUGACAGCAGUUUCAUGAUAUUUAUUAUCCCUUUAAAGAUAGAAUAUCUUACAAUUUGAAAUGAUGUAUAGGCCUACUGAAUCCAAUAUACUUUAUGUAAACAAAAUGGUCUCCCUGUCUUACAGAUCUCAAUAUGAUCAUCUUCAGAGUGGAGUCACCCCUGAGGACAGCCACGUCUAUGUGAUGUAUCAUGGAACAUCAAAACAGAUUGCUGUGGAAAUACAGAGAAAUGGCUUCAAACCAUCCAGAGAUGGUAUGCUUGGUGCCGGUGUCUACCUCAGUCGAGACAUCCAAAAAGUCAUUAGAUACCCCCUCAACAUUCCUGACUCUGAUAGGAUGGUUCUGAAAGUAAAGGUGGAUGUAGGCAGGGUUAAGGUGAUAGACAGGCAGAGACAUCCCAUGCAGAAGACCUGGCACACUGAGCAUGGUUUUGACACUGCCUGGGUUCCACCUGGAGUUGGCAUGGUGCGGAGCAACCAAGAGGAGGACUGUGUUUUCGACCCAAAGAGAAUCAAAGUGUUGGCAAUGCUGAAAGUGCCCAACUUAAAAAUGUAAGUGAUAUUGAGCCACAGUCCCCUAUAACAACUAGACAAAAGUAGUACUAUGCUUGCAAACAAAAUAAAGCAAUCAUUAAUAAUUUUCCAAGAAAGGCUUGAAAGAGUUCUUGAUACCAGCGCAUACGCUAUGCUUACCCCACUUUAUGCAGGUUAUGAUUGAGACAUUUUGUAUUUAAUUCUCUUUCCCCAGUGUAAACCCAUGGUUGAACAAUCCACUGCAAAACUGAUGGUGUUCUGCACUCAUGGUCAUCAGAAGAGGAUGGUUCGAAUCAGACGGUCCCGCAUGAUGCAGAUCAUCGGAAGAAGAAGCUAUAUUUCGCAAUAGGCCUACUGAUGAUUUGACAUGGCAAUCUAUAUGCAAUCAAUCAUAACCUUAUCAUAUCAAAUAUUUUUUAAAUACAAUAAAUAAUAUUUACUUGAUGUCAAUAAUAUAUGUGUAUCAAUGAUCAUACGUUGUUAUAUAAAAAUGAUUUUCUUCCU